AUGUCGGACGAUGGUCAUUUGACGUUGCCGAAAACACCAUCAGAUACUGAUAGUAACAGUAACAGUAACAGCGGCUCGCUGUUCAGUCGCUGUUAUCCAGACGAAUUGUCGUCAUCGAACAGCAGUGGAUCAAAGGAAAAUACACCAUCGUUAUCGAAUAAUGAAAAUUCAUCAAGUCCAAAAUUACUUUCACAUAGAGCGGAACCGGUUCCAACUGUACGACAGCGACUUCUGAAAAACUUAUUUUCUGAAGGUAUUAAAUGUCAGCCGAAAAUCACACAUAAUGAUUCAAUUGAUUUGGCCACUGCUGAAUGGGCAGUUUUGUUGAGUGCUUGUUUCAGUUCUGUUUACGGAAAGACUACUAUAAACGCAAAAAAUAAAAACAGUGACGCAUUACCUGGAUACCCCAUUGACUGUUAA